AUGGCCGUGGAGAUCCUGCUGCGCACCCAGGAAUCGGAGACGCCGUUUGUUCAGUUGCUGCUUGCUGUUUUCAACUCUAUCCUAGAAGUCUUUAUACUCUGUGCCGCCGGGUACACCCUUGCCCGACAUGGUAUCCUGGACAAGAAGACACAAAAACAAAUCAACCGCCUCAAUGUCUCCCUGUUCACACCCGCACUGCUUUUCUCCAAAGUGGCCUUUUUCUUGACGCCGGCAAAAUUGAAGGAGUUAUGGAUCAUCCCUAUCUGGUUCGUUACUGUGACGACCGCUUCAAUGUUCGUCGGGCGCGUUCUUGGAUUCGCGUUCGGGCUCAAGCAAUCGCAACGGAGCUUCGUCAUGGCUGCUGCCAUGUUCAUGAACUCAAACGCACUGCCGAUCGCCCUCAUGCAAAGUCUCGUGGUCUCUGUACCUGACCUCGCCUGGGGCGACGACGACAACCGAAAUGCGAUGCUUGGUCGAGCCUUGACCUACCUGACCAUGUACAGCACCCUCGGAAUGGUGGUUCGAUACAGCUACGGCGUCAGCCUUCUUUCCCGUGCUGAUACCAUUCUUGUUCCUGCUCCAGCCAACAACGGCGAGGCAGACGAGAACACCCCUCUUCUUCUCGGAGACUCGCCCAACCUCCGCUCUCAACCUUCCACAUCUACCAUCACCGUCUCCGGCUCUUAUCAGUCUUCCAAAUGCAACAGCCACUCUGGCUCGCCGAGACUUGUCCACUCGCCCAAGGACGUCGCCCACACAGAUCUGCAAGAGCUCAUCACGUCGGAGAGGGGUGACCCACCGCCGCCCUUGGCCGGACGUCCGCACUUCCCGACGCGCAGGACGACGUUCUACAACUCCUUCCCGAACAGCCCGAACGACAGCGUGACGAACCUCGCGCGUUACGACACGUCUCCUAACACGACGGACAGUGAAGACAGCGAUGACGAACAUCCCCGAGACGUCGAGGCUGGACGUGCGUCGAAUGGGAACGACGGACUCCCGACACCCCCGACGCAGCCCGCUCAGCAUGUCCCCCAGCCUAGCCAUAGCCAUAGCCACACACAUCACCUCGCCACCCACUUCCUACACCACGUCGGCCGACGGGUUGCCCGCUUCUGGGCGGCGCUGAAUGACUUCAUGACCGUCCCACUGUGGUCUGCUACUCUCUCUUUGUUUGUUGCAUGCAUCGCGCCGUUGAAGCACGCUCUCGAGUUCCACAUGCAGCCGCUCAACAACGCCAUCAACACCGCUGGCAAGUGCGCCGUUCCACUGACCCUCGUCGUCCUCGGAGCCUACUUCUACGUACCGCCUCCUGAAAGGUUUGACGCUACCAACGCUGGCGAGAGGAGGUUAAGCAGGAGCGAGCGAAGGCGGCAGAGCAGGACGUUCAUCGAGAUCGUCAAAGAUACGUUUGGGAUACCGAGGUACCAAAGGUCGAGUAGUCCCCCAGCGAAGAAGGAAAAGACGUUAAAACCUGGAGAGACGAAGACGGUGGUUCUGGCUGUCGCUGCGAGGAUGAUCAUCACGCCGGUGUUGUUGGUGCCGCUCAUGGUGUUUGCAACCAGGUUCGAUUGGCAUGCCAUUUUCGAGGACCCAGUCUUCGUCACAGUCAACACAAUCCUCCUCUGCUCACCGCCUGCCUUGACGCUAGCGCAAAUCACUGCUGCCGUCUCCGGCGACGCGUUCGAACGCCUCAUCAGCCGCACGAUAUUCUGGAGCUACUGCAUCGUUACGCCGCCGGUUACGAUUGGGUGUGUUUUGUUGGGGUUGUGGUUGGCGAAGCUAUGA